AUGUCACCAAAACCACCUGUCGUUCUCGAAAUCCUUCGAACUUCUUCUUUGUCUUCUUUGUUGUCUUCUUCUUCAUCUCGUAGUAAACGUCGCGAGGGUCUUUUUGCCUCCUCCGAACGACGACGACGUGUACACCAAAGAGAGAAAACGUUCAGAAUUGGAAACAACAAGAACAACAACAAACAGUUGGAGAUGAGGAUGAUGAUUUCCGGAGGAGAAUCAAGCCUAAAACGAAGAAGAAAAACAGACGUGUCGUUGUUCGCGUCGUCGAAAUCGUCGUCAGAAAGAAAGAGCGGCGAUGAUGAUGAUGAUGAUGAUUCGUCGUCGUCGUCUGGAAAAGAUGCAACAGAUGAUGAUGUGCCAAUGAGCAAAAUCUAUUCCUUGCUCUCACUCUCGAUAUUCGCUUUACUCGCCGGAGACGUCGGGAUGAAUUUUUUGGCGUUUUUGUUCGCGUGGGUGACGAAACAGGGUGACCUCACGUUCUUUACGACGAACGCGAACGGAUUCUGGACGGAGAAGUUAUGCAUUUUAGGCUUUGUGAUAUUACUGUUGAUGGAUUUUAAAGCGGUGGCGACGAGGCAAAUUAGAAGGGCGAACGCGGUGUUGAAGACUAUUAAAUACGCGAAAGAAACGACGGUGGAAAGCAUAGAGCAGACGAGGAACGUGGAAACGUUUUUGACGAACGUGUACAUGAAGUCAACGUUUGAGAUUUUGGGCGCUUUGAUCGCUUUGGUUGGAUGUUUGAGAACCGCGUCGCCUUCGCUCGUACCCGGAAGCGGCGCUUUGUUUUCGUUGCCGGCGUCGAUCGGACCCGCGAUUGCGCUCUUUUUCGGCCACGCGAUGUUCAUGCUCAUCAACACGAACGUCAUUUCACAAAGCGCAAACAUGACCACUCCGUUUCCUCUUCAAAUAAGAAAAACGAUAGCUACGUUUGACGCGAUGUUAGCGAUGUCGGCGAUGAGUUGCGCCGCGUUUCAAAAAGGAUGGCCGGGGCUCAUCGCGUCCUCGCUCUUCCUCCUCUUUUCCAUUUACUUCACCUACGAGAACGAAAUCAAGAAGAAAAUGAAAGAGCGAAAAAAGAGAGCCGAGAAGAAAGGAAGGCGUGAUUUCGGGAGCAGCGGCAGCAGAUGA